AGUCUAGUUUGUUUAUCAAGCAAGAUGCACGCGCUGACUAUUUUAUGUAUAACAGAAGUCAUGCUGAUUGGUGUGAAAGUGUUUGCUCAAAACGAAACAUUAAAUGCCACAGAUCCAUCGACAACGCUAAAAAAUGAUUCUUCCACGGUGACCCCGUGCAUCACGAGCAGAGGCGAAGCCGGCACCUGUAUAAGGAGAGAGCGAUGUGACUAUGGUACACCGUCCAUAGAUUUCACGCUCUACGUACCUCAUGGCUAUAUGAAGUACUGUGCAGCCGAUAGCGUGUGUUGUCCUCCUGAUUACAUCAUUCAAGAGCCUGAUCACGACUACAAAACGCAAACGGAGGCCGACUUCGAGUUUGACGACGAUGAUUGAUUUUUAUUUUAUGAAUAUUAUUUAUAAACAAUUAAAAUUAUUUAUGAUGUUUCUAACAUUAACUUUUCUACCUAUUUUUUUGCAUAUUUCUGAGAUGAGGGCCACCCAUAGAAUGCCUCAUAAUUAUGGAUCUAUCAUAUUAUUUAACUUUUAAAAAGUGUAUACAUAAUAAUAUGUAAUAAUAAUACUAUCCUUAAAUUUAAAAUGCAUCUACAGAUGUCAUCUUGUUUGGGAAUUAUAAUUUUAAAGACCAGUAAACUGGCUCUAACCUCGGGGUUGGUACAAUACUACACAGGGUAGUAUUGUACCAAGAUUCAGUUAUUAUUUCUUAUUUGUUCUGCCAAUUUUUGGCGAUCCUCGAGGUUUAUACUACCUUAAAAAAACUAUAAGUUAAGUUUAUUCAUAGCACUUAUUUCUUUCCCCAAAUCAGAAUUUCCUGAUGAAAUAAUGAAUAGUAUAGUUGCACUCUUAGGCUGCAUAAUUUUGGGAUCUGCCUCCAAUGGGCACCACAGAGGAUGGUAUAAAAAGUUCCAAACCCUGAAGUACUAUAUCAGCGACAGAAUCAGCAACAACGCUCUGAUCUUCCGGUAGAAGCAAACGCGCCCCCCAAAGGUAGGAUGCAAAAAAGACUGCUUCCUAUCCCAAUUGGCCGACCUAUAGUGCCAAAUACGGCAGCAGACUGCAGAAUGCAACCGCGACGUUAGUGUGAGUAACACCACACUCCGGACAAGACAAUAGUCCGAGGAGCCAAGAGGGGCGUCGACGGAAACUUGAUACCCAUCCGGAUGAGAGGUCGGCAAAAAUUCUAACAGGGAAGGUGCGUGAUUCUCCACAUAUGGAAUCCGCCUAGGCAAUAGGCGAAAUAACCAGCCGUGUAAGACCUGUUGGGUAUGUUGGAAUAUAUUUUGCUCGGUGGUCAUGUGGGGAUUCACUUAUGUUGACAUUUUGUGGACUUCUUUUUACCAACUUCCAUGCAACUUUCUGGUGUUUUUUCAUCUGUAAUUUUGUUACAAUGUUAUAUUCAUAAUAAUCCCAUUGUAAUAAAAAAUUAUUCC